AUGUAUAUCCCAACCCAACGAUUCCUUCGCGAGAACGAGGAGCAGCCCUAUCCUUAUUCAUCGCUGGCCGAUUCUUUCCACCAUCAACUUGAACCUGAGCCUUAUUAUCUAGGUGCACGCUCAACCGUCGGCCCGGAUCAGGAACAGACUUCCUUCAAUGUUCCCAGCACAUUCGUCAGCGUAAGCGUGGGCGUCCUGAUUUUCCUCCUAUUGGCCAUAGCCUUUGCCGUUUAUAAAAAGUGCAGCGGCAGCGAUACUCAGUCCGACACUGAAUCUUCCGUCUCGGAUUCCGCAUGGCGAGUUGAAGACCCGGAAUCAGAAUCCGAUGCGACCGAGGCAAAGCACCGGAAGCGCCUGAGGAAACUAGAUCAAGUCGCACCCGUCCACACCGCUAUCUGUCUAGAUCUGAUCGGCGAAGACGAACAGAUCCGCGAGCUACAGUGCGGCCACGUCUACCACUCGGCAUGCCUGAAUCUAUGGGUCGAGAGAGGACAUCAUGACUGUCCGUUGUGCAAAUACGACAUUCUCGGGCUGCAACAGAAGAACCCGAUUACUAGUCCGCCAGAGCCCGAAGCCACGAAUAACGAUGCUGAUCCUGCGACGAGAAGUCCGCCCUCCCAGCAGCAGCAUCACCAUCACCACUACCACCAUGGCCCUCAUGUCGUUGUGAUAUCGAACACCCAGCCACAAUCUGACGCCAGUAAUGUCCACGGUGCGCGCUCACCUCCGGGGCUCCAGCAGGGGCUGAUCGAAUAG